GUAGAAUUAAAAUGUAGAAACAAAUAUACAUGAUUUCUCAAUCAAAAUGAAUUGGCACAAUUUUCGAAUUUUUCAUUUGCUUACAGGGGUUCAUCCAUCUUUCUUUAGGAGGAUAGUUGUGGCAAUAUUGCUUAUUCCAACUAUAAUUAUUUUAUGGAAACUUUGUGCCAUAGAAUCAGGGGUAGACAAAUUGCAAGUUCUUAAAGAAGCAUUAGAAAUUCACAAAGAAAGACUUCAACUUACUGAGCAGCAAGUCCUUCUUUUAGAACAUCUUGAAUCUGAGAAGGCUUCUGAUCCAACUAUUUAUGCUAUUACCCCUACAUAUUGGCGACAUGUCCAAAAAGCGGAAUUAACGCGGUUGUCCCAAACUUUGAGGCUAGUUCCCAAUUUGCACUGGAUUGUUGUUGAAGAUUCUAGUUCCAAAACUGAGUUGGUUAGAAAUUUGUUAAAAGAAUCAAAGCUUAUUUUUACUCAUUUAAAUGCCAAAACGCCACCUUUUGAGAAACUGCAAGAAAAGGAUCCAAGAUGGAAAAGACAUAGAGGAGUAGAACAAAGGAAUAUUGCUUUAAAAUGGAUCAGAGAUAAUUUGAAUUUGGGCAGGGAAAAAGGAGUAGUUUAUUUUAUGGAUGAUGACAAUGCCUACAGUGUCAAGUUGUUCAAUGAGAUUAGCAAAGUAAAGAAGGUUGGAAUUUGGCCAGUUGGACUAGUGGGAGGUUUAAAUGCUGAGGCCCCAAUAGUAGACCCAAAGACAGGUAAAGUGACGGGUUACCGAAGUGGAUGGAAGCCAGAAAGACCAUUUGCUAUUGACAUGGCUGGUUUUGCUAUCAACCUGGACUUAAUUUUGCAGAAGAAAAAUGCUUCAUUUUCUUACAGUAUGGAGAAGGGUUACCAGGAGAGUGAAUUUUUAAGUUACUUUACCACAAAAGCACAAUUAGAGCCUUUGGCUGAGAACUGUACCAAAGUGUAUGUUUGGCAUAUCAGGACAGAAAAACCUGUUGUUAAGGGAUUAAUUCCUGGAUUAGAAGUGUAAAGUUAAACACAUUGGAAUAGUUAAUGGGUGAAAAUGUUAGUUUUCUGCAGAACUUGUAUGCAAGCCUAUACUGGUAACAGUUGUGAAGAUUUUCAGGUAGUUCUAAUGAGAGCUGCUGGAUAUGUUAAAUUCAUAAUUUCUUCCUUGUGUUGUGAUAGAUGUUCAAUUUUAUAAGUAAUUGUUUUCUUGUUAUGUCAAAUAAAAUUGUUUAAAAAGUGGUUAAGAUUAUAUAAUC